CAUCUGCACACACUCUCUUUCUCCCUCCCUCCCUCCCUCCAAACCCUAACUCUCUCUCUCCAAAUCCUAACCCUAAUCACAUUUCCGUAAAAGAUGAGAAAACCGCACAACCUCCCACCAGAGCGAAAAUGGCUUCUGCCUGUGCUCUUAGCCUCCUCUCUUUCCAUCUCUGUCCUCCUCUUCUCAACCCUCCGUUACGGGAAACCAUCCCGGCCGUCCGUUCUCUCAGAUCCCUCUGCCUAUUCCACCAUCCGAUCGCCAAAGCCGCCCCGGCUGGCCUACCUGAUCUCCGGCACGAAAGGCGACGGGCCGCGCCUGAAGCGAGUGCUGCAGGCCGUGUAUCACCCAUGGAAUUACUAUCUCCUGCAUCUGGAUCUCGAGGCCCCGAACACGGAGCGGAUGGAGCUGGCGAAGUACGUGAAGUCGGAGCCGGUCUUCGUGGCGUUCGAUAACGUGAGGGUUGUGGGGAAUGCGAAUCUGGUCACGUACAAGGGUCCCACGAUGAUCGCUUGCACACUCCAUGCUGUGGCAGUCUUGCUCAGGCAGGCCAAGGAGUGGGACUGGUUCAUCAAUCUCAGCGCGUCUGAUUAUCCUCUCAUGUCUCAAGACGAUAUUCUACAUGUCUUCUCAUACUUGCCUAGGGAUCUGAACUUCAUUGAGCAUACAAGUAAUAUUGGGUGGAAAGAGUAUCAAAGAGGAAGGCCAAUUAUUAUAGAUCCAGGAUUCUAUAAUUCAAACAAGGCAGAUGUAUUUUGGGCUAAGGAAAAAAGGAGCAUGCCUGCUUCUUUCAAAAUAUUCAUAGGGUCCGCUUGGGUGGUGCUGACGCGAUCGUUCCUGGAAUUCUGCAUCUGGGGCUGGGAUAAUCUUCCUCGCACUCUACUCAUGUACUACACCAACUUCCUAUCAUCGCCCGAAGGUUACUUCCACACUGUCAUAUGCAAUUCCAAGGACUACCAGAACACCACCGUCAACCACGACCUGCAUUAUAUAAUGUGGCACAACCCACCUCGGCAGCACCCCAUGACCUUGACUUCACGGCAUUUUGACGGGAUGGUUGAAAGCGGAGCCCCAUUCGCACGGAAGUUUACAAAGAACAAUCCUGUCCUGGACAGGAUUGAUAGGGAGCUGUUGAGGAGAUCAGCCGGUGGGUUUACGCCAGGGGGUUGGUGCAUGGGGAAUUCUAUUUUGGGUAGAGAUCCGUGCGCUAUUUAUGGGAAUCCAGAGGUGAUUAGGCCAAGUGAGAGUUCAAAGAGGUUGGAAACAUUGCUGCUGAAGCUUCUUGAUCCUGAAAAUUUCAGGUCUAGACAAUGUAAAUAGUUAUAAUUAGAUCUAUUUUCAUGAUGUAAUUUUUAUCUGA